UCGUGGUAAGAGGAGGACGUACGUUUUUCUUCUCGCAGCUCUUUGGCCCGAGUCAAAGAACUUCAGGUUUUGUCUCUCGAGUUCUCCUUUUCAAAGAUUACAAAACGCCGUGUAUUGAGUGAGAGAUCUGUGCUUUCUUAGUGCCGUGAGAUCAUAUAAUCUGUUUUCGAAAAAUGGUGUUCGUCAGGCGAUGAUAAUGAAGAGUAAUGAGUGGAGUCAAACUGAUGAGGCCAUGGUAAAAUGCUCUUCUGGAAAGACUCCAAUAGUGACUCGGUCGUAAAGGACACUUCGACCGCGGGGGACCCCAACACCGCAUCACGUGGGGUCGAGGCAACACAGCCAACUCUGCGGUCUUCGGGGACACGCCCACGAACGUCACGGCCGUACUGGGUCAUCGCGCCCGCCUCCCCUGCCAGGUCAAGAAUCUCGGUCUCAAGGAUGUUUCGUGGAUCAGGCAGAGGGACCUCCACAUACUCACCGUCGGGAUCUUCACCUACACCAGCGACGAUAGGUUCAAGGUCUUCCACCCGCCGGAGACCGAGGACUGGUACCUGGAUAUCAGCAGUGUGACCUUCAGAGACGCCGGCGUGUACGAGUGCCAGGUGUCCACGAGCCCGAAGGUGUCUCUGCCUGUCUACCUCACAGUGCUCGGU